AUGAAAUUGGCCGAGCAGUUGUACCAGGUUAUCAAUGUUUAUUACAACUUUUCCGGAGCACUCAAAUACAACUGCUUCCGGAGCGAUUGCCCGAGUACUGCUACUGAAGCACUGGAUGGCGAACUCGGAUGGGCAUGGCAAACGUGUACAGCGAUGCCAAUGAUAAUGUGCGAUAUGGGAGGCGAUACUGAUUUCUUUAUCAAUAAUUGUAAUGUUACCGGUGGAUUGGUCAAUAUGACGGUUCAAGACUGUGUAAAGAAAUUUGGACAUAUCGGUUAUGUUCCGGAGUUAUUUCAUGUUGACGCUGUAUCAGUACGCUACGGUUUCACGUACGGUGCUGCAAGCAAUAUCAUUUUCACGUAA